CUCGAUCAAGGAUUCAGUUGAGCUGUAUUUCCGUAUGCAUUGCCAGUAUUUGGCCAAUGAUUCGCUGAUACCGUACGACCGGUAUGACGAGCUCCGGGCGCCACAAACACAAUAUGAUUUAGUCAUAUAUCUGAUUCAAUACAUCACUCAAUGGUCACCACCCGAUACCCUCCUCAAUGACCAGACGUACAAAAACUUCAUAAAGACUGCCGAAGAGUUGGCUCUCGCUGUGAAUGACUACAUGAAUGUAAUCUCAAAGUUAGGCACAAAUACCAUCACAAAUGGCAUCAUUUCAUACGCCUAUUCCAAGGGGUGUAGUAUGCAGUCAGCCAUAGACUACUACUACGAUUACAUUAAGCGUAUGGACAGCGAGUUGCAUACAAUGCGGGCCACUAUUAUGGCGGACUCGGAAUACCGGUCCGAUUCACUGGACGAGUACUUGGAGUCCGUAAUGAAUGUCAGUUUCGGCUUAUAUUCGGCUUUCUAUAAGUGGUUUAACAUUGAAGUGAGCGAUGGAUACUUCUGGAGCCCAAAGUGGAACCAAUUCAUUGAUAGUGUGAUUGCAAACAAAGACAUCACGACAAACCACCACGAUUUUUGA